AUGCGUAAACAAGGACAGCCAGGUGAUGUGGAGGAGGAGCCAUGCAGCGAGGAUGAUGGGAGUGUCGGUUUGGUUGAAGUGAUUGGUGAAGUGGAUGAGGAGGGACGGGAUGAUCGUGAUGCCGUGACAUAUGGUGGGGCGCUGGUCGAGGUGUUUGACUUGCCCACUCAAACAGAUAAUUCGGCGGGGACACAGAUAGACAUCACCCAAGAGAUUCAGGCGGGACGACUGUCGGAUACUUCGGUGGCCGAGCGGGUGGAAGGGUUGAGGAUUGCGGAGGACGUGGUUGCAGGGCGUAUACGGCGGAUGCAGGGAUUACUCCUGCAGCGUGAUGUGGCAAGACAGGCAGGAGAGGAACGUGCAACAACUGAAGGUAGGGGCAGAGGCAGGGGACGCAAUGCAAGCCAAGGAGAACGGGGAAGAGGGAGAGGGAGAGGCAGAGGUAGAUAUGGAUCUCGGUCUACCACGGAACAGCAGGGAGGAGCUGAACGGUUGGAACAAAAUGGUGGGAGCGGAUUGGAAGGGAUGGAAGGUCAGCAGGGGUUGAGAGGGCAGCAGGGGAUGGGAGGACACCCGGGGUUGCGAGGGCAGCAGGGGAUGGCAAGGCAGCAGGGGAUGGCAAGGCAGCAGGGGAUGGCAAGGCAGCAGGGGAUGGCAAGGCAGCAGGGGAUGGCCUGGCAGCAGGGGAGCGGCGGACAGGCAGGGUUGGGAGGGCGGCAGCGGAUGGGAGGGCAGCAGGGGAUGGCAAGGCAGCAUGGGAUGACAGGGCAGCAGGGGAGCAGCGGACAGGCGGGGUUGGGAGGGCAGCAGAGGAUGGGAGGGCAGCAGGGGUUGGGAGGGCAGCAGGGGUUGGGAGGGCAGCAGGGGUUGGGAGGGCAGCAGGGGUUGGGAGGGCAGCAGGGGUUGGGAGGGCAGCGGGGGUUGGGAGGGCAGCGGGGGUUGGGAGGGCAGCGGGGGUUGGGAGGGCAGCAGGGGUUGGGAGGGCAGCAGGGGUUGGGAAGGCAGCAGGGGAUGGGAGGGCAGCAGGGGAUGGCAAGGCAGCAUGGGAUGACAGGGGAGCAGGGGUUGGGAGGGCAGCAAGGGAUGGGAGGGCAGCAGGGGUUGGGGGGGGCAGCAGGGGUUGGGAGGGCAGCAGGGGAUGGCAAGGCAGCAUGGGACGACAGGGGAGCAGGGGUUGGGAGGGCAGCAGGGAAUGGGAGGGCAGCAGGGGUUGGGGGGGCAGCAGGGGUUGGGAGGGCAGCAUGGGAUGACAGGGCAGCAUGGGAUGACAAGGGAGAAGGGGUUGGGAGGGCAGCAGGGGAUGGGAGGGCAGCAGGGGUUGGGGGGGCAGCAGGGGCUGGGAGGGCAGCAGGGGAUGGCAAGGCAGCAUGGGAUGACAGGGCAGCAGGGGAGCGGCGGACAGGCGGGGUUGGGAGGGUAGCAGGGGUUGGGAGGGCAGCAGGGGUUGGUAGGGCAGCAGGGGUUGGGAGGGCAGCAUAG